CAUCGAACACUUCUCAUUCAGUCUAGAGUCUAGAAUCGUUGGGAUACGAACGCAAAAUAAAGCAAACAAAAUUUUGUAUAAUCGUAAUUUUCUGUUAAAAAAAAUUUCGUUCAAAAUUAAAAAGAAAGAUGCCAUCAGAAAGGGAUCCAUGUUCCGUCUGCCUGUGCAGGAUGCGCUGCCGGGUGCAGACGCCGUGUAAGCAUUCCUUCUGCCGGCGCUGCCUGCACCGCUGCUACUACGAGUGCGCCAACAAAAACUGCCCCCUGUGCCGGGCUCCCUUCGAUUAUUAUUUGCGCAAGAACCGCAGAUACAUCAACGUUGUCUUUCUCAACUAAAAAUGCAAACGGACAAAAUGCAGUAGGCUAAUGGUGACCCGUCUCUCCGCAUGGUCUCGUUAAAUUCGUUAAAAUCAGAUUGCUUUUGUUUAAGAGUUGUUAGUUUUUUUUUGCGGUUUAAAUGUUCAAAUUCAGUUUUCUUUUGUUUUUUAAAGCCAUGGAAUGUUGUGAUUUCUUGGUGGGUUCUUUAAAGAUAUUACUAUAUUUUUUACAUUUGGCAGAAUAUAGAAUACUAGGGGAAAAGACCGCUGAACAGUCGAUUCGUUCAUCUGCCGAUAUGGGACUUCGACGAUCCAAAACUUUUGGAGAUAUAUAAUGGAGAGAUAAUUCUGUGCCACACUGAUUCGACAGACCAGACGAGACCAUUCAGGUCUGAAAAAAAAGUUUCUGUGACUUGGAGGAUGGAAGGAAGCAUACCUUUGAAAGGAGGAAUCCUUAAAUACAUGUAUAUAUCCUAUAGAUUGAAAGCAGCACUUGAACGCCCCCUGCCUAAUAAAUGGCGGUAAUUGAA